UCGGUCAAUCUUUACUACCCCCAGCCCUUGUUUCAUUAUUGUUAAUCAUCUUCCCUUAAUUAAACAAGCAUGACUUUCUAGCAUCUUGUGUCUACAAUCUACAUUUACACACCAACUACUACCUUGUUUCUUUCUUCCUCCUAUUAAACCCCCCUCUCCCCCUCUUCAACUCCUCCUCAGCUCCCAAAACCAUAUCAAAUCUCUCGAUGGAGUUGGGCUUAAGCUUAGGAGAAACACAGAAGCAGCCAUUCAGAUUAUUUGGAAAAUCAAAUGAAACGGUGAAGAAAUUAGAUGAUGGUCUAGGGUUUUGCAUGGGAUUAGCUCUAUCUGUCAGCGAUGAGAUGACGAGCAAACGAGUUGACAGAUUAACUACUGAUGAUCAUAGUCCAUCAGUUGAGCUUCACCUUGUCCCUUUUUCUACUCAUCAUAAACCUUCUCAUCAACUCCCUUUUCCAUGGCUGUCCCAUAACCAAAUUAACUUGACAUCUGAAAGAAUAAACGCGGAGGGCGGCGGGACAGACUCGUCAUCUCCGGACAGCUCAUCAUUUCAUAUGUACAGAAACAGAAGACAUAACCAUAAGAGAGAAGACGGUCAUGUCGAAACAGAAAGAGAUUCGAAUUCUAGAGGUGGAAGUGAUGAUGAAGACAACGGACUCAUUUUGUCUAGGAAGAAACUUCGGCUUACCAAAGACCAAUCUGCUUUUCUUGAAGACAGCUUUAAGGAACAUCAUACCCUCAAUCCAAAGCAAAAGCAAGCUCUGGCAAAACAACUCAAUCUCCGCCCACGCCAAGUCGAAGUCUGGUUCCAGAACAGAAGAGCGAGAACAAAGCUGAAGCAAACAGAGGUGGAUUGCGAGUAUUUAAAGAGAUGUUGCGAGACACUGACAGAAGAGAACAGGAGGUUACAGAAAGAGCUUCAAGAAUUAAGAGCUCUUAAAUCUUCCAAGCCUUUCUACAUGCAGCUUCCAGCCACCACGCUCACUAUGUGCCCCUCUUGUGAGCGCGUGGCUUCCACGACCACCGUCACAGCCACGGCUACUAAACCUAGACUGCAUCCAUUUUUACAAGAUCAAGGCCAUGCCCUCCACGCUUCUUCAUGAGAGAUUAAUCACUGAUGAUUACGUAAAUACAGCAUGGUUCAUCGAUCGUUCAUGGUUAUUCUUUUUUCCGAUUAUGGCUGUUAGUCAUUAGUCAUAGUUUGGUUCUAAUCAGAAGAUAGAUUUAUUGAGGACAGAUUUUGACUUCUAAAUUUCAUUAUGUCAUGGCUCAUUCAUGUU